UUUGAUAAUCAGUUUUUUUUUCCCGGCAGAGCAGCCAUGGGAUCACCUACGACCACCGAAGAGGCUGAUAAAAAGAGCCUCAUUAAAUCCUCUUCUUCCGUCUCCAACUCCUUCCGCCUCCGUUCUCCCUCCCUCAACUCCGUACGCCUCCGCCGUAUCUUCGAUUUAUUUGAUACAGAUCACGACUCGUUCAUCUCCGUCGACGAACUCAACCGCGCUUUGGUAGUCGUCGGCCUUGAAACCAACGUCUCGGAGCUCGAUUCUGUCAUUAAAUCCUACAUUCAGCCCGGCAACGAAGGUCUCACCUUCGACGACUUCCAGGCGUUGCACAAGUCCCUUGGCGACCUCUUCUUUGAGGACGGUGGUGGUGGAGAGGAGGAGGAUGCCGGAAACGAGGACCGUAGCCAGCAGGAAGAGACGGAUCUGACGGAGGCAUUCAAAGUGUUUGAUGAGGACGGAGAUGGAUUCAUAUCGGCGAAGGAGUUGCAGGUGGUUCUGGAAAAACUAGGGUUUGCGGAGGCGAGUGAGAUGGGGAGGGUGGAGAUGAUGAUAUCGUCGGUUGAUCGGAAUGCUGACGGAGUGGUCGACUUCUCGGAAUUUAAGGACAUGAUGAAGAAUAUGUCGCUUAAAUAGGUAACUCUUCUUCAUUCAUUUUUCAGUUUUACUGUUAUUAGUUUUUUUUUUUUUUUUCCUAAUUAAUUGUUUUUAUGUAAAUUUUUCUUCACCAUUAUUUGUAAUUUUAUUUUAAUUAUGACGUCAGUCUUGUAUAAGAAAAUAUGUAACCUUGUUUUGUUGAAGAAAUAAAAUGUUAUUGCAAUUACUUGGA